AUGUUGUUUAAAGUGUUCAGUAUGGCAAGCAAGAAGAACACAACGACACUGACCAUGGAAGACCGUUUGAAAGUGUUGAAUGAAUUAAAAACAUUUAGUGUUUCUAGUGUUGCUAGAAAAUUCAACGUCCAUAAAUCAACAAUUUGUAGGAUCAAAAAUAAUGCUCCGAAAAUUAUGCAAUUUUUCGACAAAAGCAAGGUGCAACGGAAACGCCGAAGGAUACGUGCAUCUGCACACAGUACAUUAGAGCAGAAUUUGCUGACAUGGUUUACAGAGAGGAGAACCCUUGACGACUUUAUAUCGAAUGCUGCGCUUUUGGAGAAAGCAGUUGAAUUAAAGAACAACUUGGGAUUACCAUCGACAUUUAAAGUCAGCAAAGGAUGGUUAACAGGUUUUAAAAAACGACACAACAUACGCCUAGUUCGGGUGUAUGUAGAAAGCGCGAGUGCUGAUGAAGAUGCGGCAACAAAAUUCACAGAAGAGUUCACAAAAUUGUUAGAAGAAAAUAAUAUAAACACGGAAAAUAUUUAUAACAUGGACGAGACUGGACUUCUGUGGAAAGCCUUAUCGUCGAAAACAUUAGCGGACAGAAAAGAAAAGAACAUAAAAGGUUUCAAAAGCCGUAAAGAGCGCAUUACGGUAGGUUUAUGUGCAAAUGCAUCGGGAACGCACAAGUUAAUGCCGCUUAUUAUUAAUAAAUACGAAAAUCCUAGAGCAUUGAAACAUUCUAAAAACAGUCUGCCCGUGGUUUUCAAAUCACAGAGAAAUGCUUGGAUGACCCAAACAUUGUUUAUAGAUUGGUAUCAGAAUCAUUUCAAGCCAAGUGUACGAACAUACCAAUUGAGAAAUUCGUUGAUUGGCAAAGUCAUUUUGUUAGUUGAUAAAUGCAAAGGGCAUACAGUAGUAUCCGAAUUAUUAGAUGAUGGACAUUUUCAAAUGAUAUACCUCCCACCAAAUACAACCAGUCUAAUACAACCAAUGGAUCAGGGGAUAAUAGCCAAAUUAAAAACUGUGUAUCGUCAGAAAUUCCUUCGACAAGCGACACAAUAUGUAGGCGGAAUAAAUGUUUUUCAGAAACAGUACACACUACAACACUGCAUAGAAACGUUGCACGAGUCUUGGAUGGAAGUAUCACCAGAAAAUAUUUUCAAUGCAUGGAAGAAAAUCAUUCGAAGUGAAAUGGAUUUAUACCAUUCUUCCAUGCAGAAAGACUUAAGCACCAUAACGGGAGAAACGUUCACGGAAUACGACAUUGCACAUUUUAUGGCGAACUGCGAAGAAGAAGAAUUAAGAAGAUCCAAAGAUGAAAGUAACGAAGAUGAAAGCACAGGCGAAGAUGAAGAUGCGGAAAAUACAGAACAACAAGUCAAUAAAAUGGAUGAGUUAAAAUAUUUAUUUCAACGGCUGCAGGACCAUGUAUCUGACGAACCACCUUUC